AUGCGCGGAGCAGGGAAGGAUUCAACAUCCGGCAGAGAUCUGCUUUAUCGGUACUACGGACAGCUGGAGUUACUGGACCUGAGGUUUCCCGUUGAGGAGCGAGGUGUUAGAGUUGGGUUUACAUGGUACGAUGCCUUCACGCAUAAACCGACCUCCCAAUACUCCCUUGCUUUUGAGAAAGCUUCAAUCAUCUUCAACAUUUCGGCUGUCCAUUCGUGCCACGCGGCAAAUCAAAACCGCUCCGAAGAACUCGGGAUCAAGACUGCUUUCAACUCUUUCCAGGCCGCGGCAGGAAUGUUUACUUAUAUAAAUGAGAACUUUCUGCAUGCGCCAUCCACAGAUUUGAGUAGGGAUACGGUGAAGACAUUGAUUAACAUCAUGCUUGCACAAGCCCAAGAGGUGUUUCUAGAGAAACUAAUAGCGGACGGAAAGAAGAGUGGGAUGCUUGCGAAACUGGCUGCCCAAGCUGGAUUUUUGUACGCCCAGGCUGUCGAAGGUGUCCAGGAGAAUGUCCAGAAGGGCAUCUUCGAGCGAGUCUGGCUAUUGCUAUGCCAGGUUAAACAAAAUUUCAUGGAUUCAUUAGCUCAGUAUCUCCAAGCACUAGCGGAUAGUGAAGGUGGUAAAUACGGACUUGCGAUUGCUCGCCUGCAUUUGGCUGAAGAUUUGGCCAAGGAAUCGCUUCGAACAUCACAGUCGUUCCCUAAUUCUCCUCCAGCUACCUCUAAUUUGUCCUCAGAAACUGGUCCUGCUCUAGUCCAAAUUAAUAAAAGACACCUAGCUCUUGUCCAGGAAAAACUCGUUACUUUGAUUAAGGAGAACGAUUUUAUCUACCAUCAGACGGUCCCAGCCGAAGCAGCAAUUCCCGUGGUUCCAAAAACGGUAGCGGCAAGGGCAAUUCCUGUACAGGAGCUAUACCAAGGAGAUGAUAUUAACCGUAUCAUUGGCCCCGAUAUCUUCCAGAAGAUUGUGCCUAUGAAAGUCACCGAGAGCGCAUCUUUAUACGACGAGGAGAAGGCUAAGCUGGUCCGCGCGGAGACAGAGCGGGCGGACUUAGCAAAUGCAGAAAUGGUUGCGGCCUUGGACUACUUGAAGCUACCCGGAUCGCUAAAGCUGCUUAAAAAUGGCUUUGAGAAUGAGAUUGAGGUGGACGACGAGUUCCGGACAUGGUGUGAUGAUAUCGCACACAAACCCGAAACUUUGGGGGAGAGGUUUAUCGGUUUAAAGAAGGAUAAAAAGAGGAUUGUGGAGAUCCUGGAUCGAUCUUCAAAGAGUCUGGAUACUGAGGAGAGCGUGUGUGAAAAAAUGAGGACGAAAUAUCUAGAUGACUGGACGCAGCAACCUUCAAGUCGACUCACACAGACUCUCCGAGCGGAUAUUAGGAGCUAUCGAGAGGCUAUUGAUGAAGCUGUGAACAGCGACAAUCUGCUUUUUUCCCAGUACCGAGGGGUCGAGGGAGAGAUAGAGGAAAUGAAGAAUGCGGGCGAGAGAGCUGAGGAAGGAGCUGUUGACGGCUUAUGGGUUAGUAAGGCUGGUGUUGCCAAUGGUGGCUUUGGUGGAGAUCGGGGUGGAGAGACCCUUCUAGAUGUUGACGAAGGGGACUCUGGAGUUACCGUUUUGGAACAGAUCGAGAGAGUAGAGGGACUGCUUAAGAAGCUCAAUCUGAUCAAACGAGAGCGGGCCCAAGUCUUGAAGGAUUUGAAAGAAAGGGUUCAUACCGACGAUAUUUCGAAUGUUUUGAUCCUCAAUCAAAAAUCAAUUCAAAAUCUCGAGCCCCAAUUGUUUGCGACAGAAUUGGAGAAGUUCCGCCCACAUACAAACAGGUUGCUCACAGCUGCGCACAAACAGUCGUCAUUGAUGAAGGACUUGACAUCAGCUUAUGGUGAUCUUUUGCAAGACAAACGAAUUCGUGCGGAGCAGUCCAAGUAUGAAGCCCUAUCACGCCAAAGAAAUGCAGUGUUGGGAAAAUUCAAGAAAACCUAUCAGGCGUUUUUGGAUAUAUGGGCAGGCUUGGAGAAAGCUCAGCAAUUCUACACAGAGAUGACUGAAACAGCCGAGAGCCUGGAGAAAAACGUGUUGACAUUCGUAUCAAACCGGCGGGUCGAAGGUGCUUCUUUGCUAAAUCAUAUAGAGAAACGGGGAGGAUCUGAGGCAGAUAAUCAGUGUGGAAAACUCCUGGGAAUGAUGGAGAGGGUUUCUCUUAAUCCAGGAGAUGCGAGCAAAGUGCAGCAGAAGCGACCAGCACCCUUAUCGAACGUAAAUACUCAUCAGAGCCAGUCAUCAGCAACGCCAAAUCAUGGCCAGAGCCCCCCGGGCACGCCCAGAUAUACCCCCCAUCAGUACAGCGGCUACCAUCCCACUCCUACGCCGCCCCCACCACCUCCACCGCCUGCAUCUUCUGGGUUCGCCGGCUACUCACAGUACCCUACUGCGAAUAGUACGAAUGGGUACGGGCGACGGGAUUCUUACGGCCAGAUACAACAAGGGGGGUCUAUACCAAGGAGAGACAGCUAUCAGUCGGCUAACAUGCAACGUCGGGAAUCCCAUCAAACUCUUCCAUCUUCACCUCCGCCAACAGGCCAACAGCAGCAGCACCAACCAUAUCAGCCAAGCCACUACUCUUCCCCACCGAAUAUGUAUGCGGGGCAAGUUCCAGGCUAUCCGCAACAGUAUAACCCUUCAACGUACAUACCGCCACCCCCUCCUCCAGGACCGCCCCCCCAACCGAGCUUAAGUAAUAGACAGAGUUUCGGGGUGUUACCCCAGACCUCCUAUCAGCAACCUCCGCAUCCACCAACCCCAGGCCAACCACCCCAGGGAUAUCACCAAUAUCCAGCCCCGCAAGGACAGCAGCAGCAGCAGCAGCAGCAGCAGCAGCAAGACCCUUGGGCCGGAUUAGCUGGAUGGAAAUAAGUGAUGGGAUGGAACAAUUUUUAGCGCGAACCGGGAUUGUGUUUCUCUUUUUUCGAAAGUUUUUUUGUAUUCCCCGGAUUGCUUGGGCUGGUGUCUAUUUUUUUCUUCUUAUUCUCAUUCAUUUCCUCAUGUCACCAUAACUUUUACCUUGUUGCCCCAACCUCCUUUCUCAUCUCCCUUCCUUCUUUCCCUAUUUUCCCUAGGGUAUUUCUUGCGCUUCCAUGAUAGAGAAAAGCAAGAGCCUGGUGUUGAGAAGAAGGUAGGGGUGGGGGGUCGAGAACCCGAGGGAUGGAAUGGGCAGCCCGGACAGUUAUAGUGUUGUGUGUUGAAAUGGGAAAACGGGUAUUUUGUUUGAGUAUAAUAGUAGCUUAGGCUGUGAAUGAGUGGGAGGGAGGGAGGGAUGAGGGAGAGGAGUGGGGCGGGGGGGGGCAGUGGGAAUGUGUGGCAGUACGUGUGCAAUUGGCGAGUAAUGUAGCAAUUUUUAUCUAAUGUG